CCUGCAAAUCAUGAGCAAGUCAUCAUGCCCACUAUGCGCUUGAUAGGGCCCAAUCACUGAUCGGCAUGUCACGAGGGAUUGAAUGUGUGGAUCAAUUCGACGCUAAUCAUCGGAGUGGUGAUGAAUGCCUAGCCGGAAAUGCUCUCGUUUGAAUUCGAUUGAGAUUAGCCCUAAAACAAUAAUAGUCAAAGACAAGCGUCCGCCAGAUUUGCAUAUCUCACUUUAAUAUGCUCAUCCUUCAUCCACGAAACGAGUUUCUUUGCCUCAUGUAAAGUAUCUUAAAACUUGUUUCUAUAGCUGGGCUAACUCGGGCAUUAAACAUUGUUGGCCUGUAUUAAGAAGACUGGGCUCUAAGCUGACGGUCAUGAGUGACAUGUCAUGCAUUGACCAACAAACGGGUGUUGUAUGCUCAUGUAUGAAUUAAAAUAGUUUGGUUAGUGGCCUUAUCUUUUUCAUUGCUUGAAAACGUGUUGGACUCGGCUCAUCCUUCGCUCUUGCCAUUCGGAACUCUCAAACAAGGUGGGAUCGUCCAGUCACAUGGGGGUUGGUGGUGGGCAAUAACUCCUGAACAAUUGUCAUCCUCACUCGUUUGAGCCCAAGUGGUUGCUCGUUCAUUGGGAUUCGGAUCCAGCAUGGACCGGGCUCGUCAAACCGUGGAUUCCGCUCUUGAUCUCAUCAAAAAAGGCGUGGAAAAGGAGCGGGAGAAGAGCAAUGAGCUCUGCAAGAUGCGGACCGCCCACAACUGGGUGGACUACAGGAGUGUCUCCGUUCAGCAGGACGAUGAGACGAAUUCGUUCUUCUGGCGAGCUCACACGGUCACCAUUUUGGUGUUCCUGGUCUGCUGCUUGUUCUAUGUGGGACUGAUCGAGGAUCCCAUCACGGACGGGGACUUCAACUUUAAAAGAGGCCUCUUGGCUGCCCUGUUCUUUUGGGUGUUCCUGGGCAUGACCAUCAUGCCGGAUGGGCCGUUCAUCCGGCCUCAUCCCGCUCUCUGGCGAUUUGCAUUUACUAUCAGCAUUGUCUACCAACUUCUCCUCAUUGUCAUGCUCUUCCAAACGCCGAGUGAUGCCAGGAAACUCGUCAAGCACAUUGAUAGCAGUCUAGGCGAGCCCAUCCCUGAGAAGGACUACGGCGGCAGUUGCCUCAUUUACGACCCCAGUCAACCCGAGGAUCCCUACCACAACCUCAAGGACAAAUUCGAUGUGUUCAUUUUCGCUCAUCUCUUCGGCUAUUGGUGCAAGACCUUGAUCUUCCGCGAUUGGUGGCUCAGCACCGUCAUCUCGGUCAUGUUCGAGUUCCUGGAAUACUCCUUGGAGCAUCAACUGCCCAACUUCUCCGAGUGCUGGUGGGAUCAUUGGAUCCUGGACGUGCUCAUCUGCAACUUGGGCGGCACCAUCUUGGGUCUAUUCACGUUGCGCUACUUGAAAAUGAAGACGUACAACUGGCGGGGCCUCUGGAUCAUCCCCACCUACCGGGGGAAAAUCAAACGCAUCAUGGCACAGUUCUCACCGCAUAGUUGGAUCGAGUUCACAUGGAACCCGUUGUCUUCAUUGGAGCGGUGGCUGGCCGUGAUUGGCAUCAUCGUCAUGUUCCUCAUCACCGAGCUCAACACAUUUUACCUGAAAUAUGUCUUCUGGUUGACCCCUGAGCAUUGGCUCAACUUCGUGCGGCUGUUCUUCAUGCUUCUGUGGGGCGCCGUGUGCCUCCGGGAGACCUUCCAGGUCUUGGACGACCCCGAAUGCACUAAACUGGGACGACAAUCCUUCGUGCUGGCCCUCAUUAUCUUCACCGAGUUUCUCAUCUGUGUCAAGUUUGCCUGGCCCACCAUCACCAAGCCCAUUCCCCAGUCGAUCGUGAUCUGGUGGAUCCUAGGCUUUGUGGCCGUGGCCAUCUAUACGCUUAUUAAGUUUGUUUUGUUCAAGCCGACCAAACUGCCCGAGCCCGAAAAGGAGCACAUCCGAGUGAGUCCCAUUCACGGCACCUCAAGGGGAACCAUGUUUGCCUAUGAUCCUCCCCACCGAAACCUCGACGAUCAAGAAGAGAUCCUCGAAGUGUUGAAACAAGAGCAAGAGAGCAAGAAGCUACAGUAAGGAGGGGUUCUGAGAUCCCCGUUCUAACAGUCAGAACCACCGCCGCCGACCUGCGACCUCCGACCAUCCAUCCAUCCCCCUUCGAAUCAAAGCAACAAGCUUGCUUGGUUGUGCGGCCAAAAUCCAAGUGUCACAAACAAACCAUGCACGAGAAAGGUUCAUGAAUCAAAGCACUGUGAUUUAGUUUCAAUCCAUUUAUGAGAUGUUCAGGAAGAAUACAGAAUAAUGAACGAA